GAUGAGCAUCCAGACCAUCCGCAGCGUGUUCAGCGUGGACACCGGCUACCGGCUGACUGACGAGCAGAUGGUCAACCACUUCCCCAACCACUACGAGCUGACCAGGAAGGACCUGAUGAUCAAGAACAUCAAGCGCUACCGCAAAGACCUGGAGAAGGAGGCCAGUCCCUUGGCCGAGAAGGACGAGAGCGGGAAAUACCUCUACCUGGAUUUCGUGCCGGUGACGUUCAUGCUGCCGGCCGACUACAAUCUGUUCGUGGAGGAGUUCCGGAAGAGCCCGUCCAGCACGUGGAUCAUGAAGCCGUGCGGGAAGGCGCAGGGAAAAGGCAUCUUCCUCAUCAACAAGCUCUCUCAGAUCAAGAAGUGGUCCCGCGACAGCCGCACCUCCACGUUCGUGGCGGCGAACAGCGGGAAGGAGGCCUACGUCAUCUCUCUGUACAUCGACAACCCUCUGCUGAUCGGCGGGAAGAAGUUCGACCUGCGUCUGUACGUGCUGGUGACCAGCUACAGGCCGCUGAAGUGCUACAUGUACAAACUGGGCUUCUGCCGCUUCUGCACGGUCAAAUACACGCCCAGCACCAGUGAGCUGGACAACAUGUUCGUGCACCUCACCAACGUGGCCAUCCAGAAGCACGGCGACGACUACAAUCACGUUCACGGCGGGAAGUGGACGGUGGGUAACCUGCGCCUCUAUCUGGAGAGCACUAGAGGACGGGACGUCACCAACCACCUGUUUGACCAGAUCCACUGGAUCAUCGUCCAGUCGCUCAAAGCCGUGGCUCCCGUCAUGAAUAACGACAAGCACUGUUUCGAGUGUUACGGUUAUGACAUCAUCAUCGACGACCGGCUCAAGCCGUGGCUGAUCGAGGUGAAUGCGUCCCCAUCCCUUACCUCCAGCACGGCCAACGACCGCAUUCUGAAGUACAACCUGAUCAACGACACGCUGAACAUCGUGACCCCGAACGGCGAGAUCCCGGACUGCCGCUGGAACCGCUGUCUGCCCAAAGAGGCUCUGGGACACUAUCAAGUGCUAUAUGACGAGGAGCAGGCCCUGAGCGAGAGCGCUGACCUCAGGAGCCGGUCGGGUCAGUCGCUGGGGUCAAAGGGCAGCAGAUCCGGCAGCGUGAGGCCACCGUUCCCCGCCACCUGGAAGUGAGACUGACAACACACGAGGCCUUCGCUGGAGACACUGCAGCUACUGAGUGUGUGUGUGUGUGUGUGUGUGUGUUUAGCCCGUAUCAGUGUGAUCACAUGACCUUCGCAGAACUAGCUUCCACAAGGUUUUUUUGGCAUUAAAAGUAAAGCUAGAUAUAUUUCUAAAAUAAACGCUGAUCUUCACUUUGAGCUUCCUAACUAGAUUAGCAAUAUACCCAAGUAUCCUGCUCCAGUGGACACACUCCUUACCACUGCAAACUACACUAACAACACAAGAUGGCGCUAUAUCCACUACUGCACAAUGAGACCGCGUGCUCCUUCACGAACACUGUCUCUGACCCGGCUAUAACAUGGCUUUCCUAAGGGGACGCUCAUCCAACACUGUUCAACUACAACACAGAAAUCACCCAGACCGUCACUUUUAAUACAGGACACCGUUAGAGAUUGGGACUAAACGACAUAAUACUGAAAAAAGCUGAAUUUGCUUUAUUUAACACUAAACACACAGAUGAGCGAGCAGGUAAACGCGUACACACUCCCCAACACUGACUUUUGGAGAUACUCUAGAUAAGACACAGUCUCCAUGCAACUCUUAGAUCGGCCCUGGCCUGCUGAUCUGGGCAUUUAUGACAUUAUUUCCCUUUAUCUGUGCCGUUUUAGAUUUUAUAUUUAUCUGUGUGUUUUUUUUUUUAAAUGUUUUAGAUUUGAUUUUAUAUUUUGAAAUUUAAUUUAUUUUAUUUUAUUAUUUUAUUACUUUUAUUGAUGUACUAUAUAUAUGGUAAGGGAUAAUAAAAACCGAAACGUCACUAUUAAAAAAGAAUUUGCCUGAUAUUGUUCAUGUUCAAAACAGCAAAAUAAAUAAUGGUGCAAAAGA